AUGUCGUCGCCCAACAACCUCCCACCUCUGGCUGCUGAUGGUGUCUUUGCCGUUUCUGCCUCUUCUAUCAUCGAUGCACCACGAGAAAAAGUGUGGGGGAUUCUAACGGAUUUCCCCUCUUACAAAGAAUGUCGCGACUCGGUGCUAGUCGACGAGUCAGAGGAGAUUCUCCCUGACCAAACGCUCGCGGAGGGAAAAUAUAUGCUGAUAGCGCCCGUCCAUCUACCCCCAACCAUGGGCAAACCUGGCAUGUUUCAGAAGCAAUCUGCGUUCGUGAAGGUUGUCACCGUGGAUCCCGAAAACUGCUGCCUUAAAUGGAUAUCCAUCGUCGGGUACCCGUUUCUUCUGCGUGCCGAACGCUGGCAGUCUCUCUCGGUAGGAGACGACGGGAAGACGAAAUACGAAACUAUCGAAGUUUUCAGCGGCGUGCUGGCAUAUGUAGUGAAACUCUUUACGCAGGCCAACUUGAAGCUGGGCUUUGAGGCGAUGGCUCAAGAGUUGAAGCGGAGGGCAGAGGCAGCAGCGUAA